CUCACUUUGUCAUUCUGUCCUGAUUUCCUGCAGUGAAGCCUUGACCUUAGUCUUGUGAUCAAUCACACCCUCCGUGGUUCCCUUUUCAACCUGAACCCACAUAUGACCUGCCCUGUUAUAAAACAUAAAACCCAGGUGACCAUUGGAUAAAGGAGCUUUUUAAUCCAUUUUCUUAGGGUGGACAUCACUGUCUUUUUAAAGCUGUUUUAACUGUCUUAACGAAACGUGUUGAUAAUUUCGAUGUGGCCACAGAUUUUUCCAUAAAGAUAUCAUCAGGUUUUGUUUUUUCUUUCUAAUGCCAGGAACAGAUUAAACCUUCCAUGUCACUAUGAAGGUCACAUAUUAGUCAAACUUCAUCAGUGUUUGGGGAAUAAAUGAAUUAAUGAGUUUUGGACUUUCACCCUGUUAUUUAUUCUUUCACUUUCAUAAAUGCACAUCUAAUUUAAUCAAUGAAUCAGAAGAAAGUGUAAAACUCAAUCAGGAUUAACUAGGUGGAACUUCGGAAUCUAAUCAGGUAUCACUUUCUGAUUGGAAGCUGGUGAUUGAGAAGGGGAGGGUGUGGUUAGAAACAUCAAUAAAAGCUCCUGAGUUUGCACAGGAGAGACCCAAAGCCCUGGUGCCUGGAACUACUGCUUGAUUCUCUGAGAGAUCCCAGCACCCUGCAAACUGAGUCCAGAUCUGAGUUUUCCCUUGCAGAUUCAUCAAGAUGAGCAUCAGGGCCCCACCCAGACUCCUGGAGCUGGCAAGGCAGAGGCUGCUGAGGGACCAGGCCUUGGCCAUCUCCACCGUGGAGGAGCUGCCCAGGGAGCUCUUCCCCACACUGUUCAUGGAAGCCUUCAGCAGGAGACGCUGUGAAACCCUGAAAACGAUGGUGCAGGCCUGGCCUUUCACCUGCCUCCCUCUAGGGUCCCUGAUGAAGUCGCCUCAUCUGGAGUCGUUAAAAUCUGUGCUGGAAGGGGUUGAUGUGCUGCUGACCCAAGAGGUUCGCCCCAGGCAGUCAAAACUUCAAGUGCUGGACUUGAGGAAUGUGGAUGAGAACUUCUGCGACAUAUUGUCUGGAGCUGCUGCAUCCUUCCCGGAGGCUCCGAGUCAGAAGCAAACAGCAGAUAACUGUCCAGGGACAGGCGGGCAGCAGCCAUUCAUGGUGUUCGUAGACCUUUGUCUCAAGAACAGGACACUGGAUGAAUGCCUCACCCACCUCUUAGAGUGGGGCAAGCAGAGAAAAGGCUUACUGCAUGUGUGUUGCAAGGAGCUGCAGGUUUUUGGAAUGCCCAUCCACAGUAUCAUAGAGGUCCUGAACAUGGUGGAGCUUGACUGUAUCUAGGAGGUGGAAGUGUGCUGCCCCUGGGAGCUGUCCAUUCUUGUCAAGUUUGCCCCUUACCUGGGCCAGAUGAGGAAUCUCCGCAAACUUGUUCUCUUCAACAUCCAUGCAUCUGCCUGCAUUCCCCCAGACAAUAAGGGGCAGUUCAUUGCCCGAUUCACCUCUCAGUUCCUCAAGCUGGACUAUUUCCAGAAUCUGUUUAUGCACUCUGUCUCUUUCCUCGAAGGCCACCUGGACCAGCUGCUCAGGUGUCUCCAGGCCCCCUUGGAGAUGGUCGUUAUGACCGACUGCCUGCUGUCAGAGUCGGACUUGAAGCAUCUCUCUUGGUGCCCGAGCAUCCGUCAAUUAAAGGAGCUGGACCUGAGGGGCGUCACACUGACCCAUUUCAGCCCUGAGCCCCUCGCAGGUCUGCUGGAGCAAGUUGUGGCCACCCUGCAGACCCUGGACUUAGAGGACUGUGGUAUCAUGGAUUCCCAACUCAGCGCCAUCCUGCCUGCCCUGAGCCGCUGCUCCCAGCUCAGCACCUUCAGCUUCUGUGGGAACCUCAUCUCCAUGGCUGCCCUUGAGAACCUGCUGCGCCACACCGUCGGGCUGAGCAAGCUAAGCCUGGAGCUGUAUCCUGCCCCUCUGGAGAGUUAUGACACCCAGGGUGCUCUCUGCUGGGGGAGAUUUGCUGAACUUGGGGCUGAGCUGAUGAAGACACUGAGGGACUUAAGGCAGCCCAAGAUCAUUGUGUUCUGCACCGUCCCCUGCCCUCGCUGUGGCAUCAGGGCCUCCUAUGACCUGGAGCCCAGUCACUGCCUCUGUUGAAUGCCUGCCAUCAGGGUGGAUAUAUUUCAAGCUUUCUUCUGGUCAUUUCGCAGCUGAAAUCUAGGCCAUGAGUGCAUGUUAAAGGGAACACAGACCCAUCGUUUCAAAUGCCUCCUAAGUGUGAAUGGGAAAGGAAUGAGGAUGCAGGAGGGGCAGGACUGGGGGAAAAGUUGACUUGGAGUGGAUGGGCUCUUUAGAGACCUGUGUCCCAGAGAAUCAGAAAUGGCAAUCUGAAUUGCUAGAGUGAGAAUCGGGGAGGAGAGACACAUGAGAGGGUUACCCCUGCACAGAUGGUUGUAAAGUAACAGUCAGAAAUAAAGGGAA